AUGAAGGGCUUCUUUUUCGCCCUCAGCGUCGCAUGCGGCAUUGUCCGCGCCGCCGCCGACCCACUCGCCGACUUCGAGAUCACCCCCGACCCGGGUAUGCCUUCGCUCGAGUCCGUCGGCCUCAGCAAAGAGAGCUGCACAAGAUGUCGCUCGAGGAGAUUGCCAACCCCGGGACACACGUCAAAGCUCGCGCCAUCUCUCGGAUCGAACGCUCGCCGCUAUUAG